UUACGAAGGGUAACGGAGAAACCCGAGGGGAACCCCGGAAGCCCCGUCGUUACUGCUUCACUGUCAGCCCGUUGUUACAGCGAUAUGUUGCUGCUGCUGCGGGCACGACCCCGUUGAAACUGGAGUUUAGUCCAAAACAAGCCUUGAAGAUGUAUUAAGACGGAUUUCCGAACAAAAGAAAUUAGAAAUAUUAAGGUGCACAUGUACUUCAUCCUGAAUGCUGGUCCAGGAGGCGCACACCGCAGCAUGUUGUUGUGAGGAGAGAACAUAUUAGGGCAGGAUGCAGUCCUCAAACCACCGACUGCGAGAAACAGAGCAGCACCACCCGCUGCUGUCGGCAGGUGCCGAUGUCGAGACCGGAAGCCUGGCAGCCGGCGCGAUGGUUGGAGGAGUCCACGCUGGCCACGCAGGGGGGAACCGCACCAUGUGGUUCAUUCAGGACAGCUGCGGGAUGGUGUGUGCAGGCAUCACCUGGUUCCUGGUGCUGUACGCUAAUUUCGUGGUGAACUUUGUCAUGCUGCUGCCCGGCAAGAGCUUCUGGUACUCGCUGCUGAACGGGGCCACGUUCAACUCCCUGGCGGUGCUCGCUUUGGCCUCACACGUCCGCACCAUGAUGACCGACCCGGGUGCGGUUCCUAAGGGCAACGCAACCAAGGAGUACAUGGAUAGCCUACAGCUGAAGCCUGGUGAGGUCAUCUACAAGUGCCCAAAGUGCUGCAGCAUCAAGCCUGAGAGGGCACACCACUGCAGUAUUUGUAAAAGAUGUAUCCGGAAGAUGGACCACCACUGCCCCUGGGUCAAUAACUGUGUGGGCGAAAAGAAUCAGAGGUUCUUUGUUCUUUUCACUAUGUACAUAUCUUUGAUUUCUGCUCACGCCCUGGGCCUCAGUGGCAUGCACUUCUUCACCUGCAUUAAGGUCCAGUGGAAUGAGUGCAGCAACUUCUCUCCGGGGGUGUCCGUGCUGCUGCUGAUCUUCCUUUGUCUUGAGGCCAUCCUCUUCCUCACUUUCACAGCUGUUAUGUUUGGUACGCAGAUCCACUCCAUCUGCAACGACGAGACGGAGAUCGAACGUCUUAAAAAUGAGAAGCCCACAUGGGAGCGUCGCAUGAGAUGGGAUGGAAUGAGAGCUGUAUUUGGGGGCUCGCCCUCCCUGCUUUGGUGCAAUCCGUUCACAGGCCUCCGUCUGCGGCGCCUGCUGCUGUCGACCCAUGGUCGCCGCAGCGGGUCGGAGUUCUCCAUUUGAGGGGCGGGGCCACGCGGAUCACCAACACUUGAGCACUUGUGAAGCCGGAUUCCUUUUUGUAUAUCCUCCUUGAAAGGGGCGAGGAUGGACCUCCGCUCCGAGAGGCGCUGCUCUCAGUGUGGGUGAUGGAGGGGGACAGUUGGACCCCAGUUAACCAUCACUGGGAGUUUGUAUCCUCACAUGCUGAUGGAGACCCAAGACCUUUGGGCUGUACAAGUAUUCUAACCAAGUGGAAUUUUGUUUCUACCAUGCGCAGAUGUUUUGGUUUGUUCUGUUGUUUUUAGGCAAAGCAAGCAGGAUGUAUCUCAAGUGUGUCUUUUCUUCCUUGUGAGGCGUCCAAGGUGCUGAUUGAACUCUACUCGGGCCCCCUAAAUCACACAACACAACUGCUUGAAUCAGUAACAUAUCUUCACUGGACCAGAUGAGUGAUUAUAACCAGGGGGGGGGGGGGGGGGGUUGUGGGGGAUGCUUAAAACUUGUUCUGUUUGGAUCCGCACAAAGAAAUCACAGUCAAGGACAUUCACUACUUCCAUGGCCUUGAUUUGCAUGUACAACGGCUCAAUCAGCCAAUCAAACGAGGCUUUCAUCAUCUCCAAAUGAAUGAGCAGGCCACUCUGAACACAGGCCCCCCCUUCUCAUUCCAGAGGACUGAGUGGUGUUUCUCAUCUGUUCAACCUCUUCGUCGUGAUUUCCCCCAUUUGGCUGGAAUUGUUGAUUCUUUUAGCUUACUCAGGCCAGUGGAAAUGAAUUGUCUUUUUUUUUUUUUUUUUUAUAAUAGCUGAAGCUUCAUUACCGUUCGCCGUGGAUACUCCUCAGUUGUUGACCAUAAUGCCUCACUUGAGAUGACAACUGUUAUACCGAAUUUUCAUUCCGAUAAACAAAAAAAAGAUCACAGUUUUGUAUAAAUUGCACGUAUGUAUCCAUGAAUUUACCCUUCCAACACUUCAUGCUGCUCCUCUCGUCCUCAAGACACUGAUGAACAGUGUGGCCAAGACCACUGAUUAAACUCGCCGUGUUUUCAAGAAGUCAUUCAGGUUCAACAACUUCGGCUGCUGAAAACACAGGAAUGUUAUUAAGGUUGAAAAGUUUGACUUCUGCGUGUGAAAGCAGUCCACACGCGAGAAAUCUUGGAAAACCCUUCAUAGCAUUUAAACCAGACAGAGCCGAGUUUCAGACCUCGCUCGGCUGCUUUGGAGCUCACUGCGAUCUUCAGAGCCAGCCUCCAUUGUGCGGUGAGCCUCUUUGUGAAAGAGGCGGAGGUACCAGGCUCAUUCUACAAGCUUUGAUACAGAACAAAGACUCGGGCAGCCUUUCCUGCUUCACUACAGAAAUGGCAAGACAGCAGCAGAUACUUUCCCAGGGUUAUUCAACAUGCAUCCAUGCCUAAAAAAAACAACAACCCAUUGAGUCAAUUGAAAUUGCCAUACUUAUGUUUUCAUUCUGUCAGCACUUCUCUCCUAUUUUUAUCCACAUAAUCAAUGGGCCUGUUCUCACUGGAUGAAUGCAACUUUAGGAUUUCAAGCAAAUUCUUGACUGGCUGGUAUUUUAGUAUUGUCAAAUCUAAAGUAGUCUAAUCUUUGUGGCGAGUUGGACGUAUUCCUACUAUUUGCUCUCAUCUGUGGAUGCCAGGAGAAGGAAUUCCACUGUUUACACUAAAUAAUGAUAUCUGAUGCUCUGUGGCUUUAAUGUUUUAAGAAACAUGCUGUCGGUAGAAUGUAAAACGUAUGUAAUUUGGGACGAAGUGACGCACAGCACUAAUAUCACGGUAUGUUAUUCAUGCUAGCCUCUCAUUUCUAUUUUCAUUCUGCAGGGCUGCAUUGUUGGCAGGAUAUCCCUUUUUUAUUCAUGUCAUACUUUAUCCAUAUUUAGCAUGGUUCAUUCAUCAAGCAUUGCAUCCUAACAUGCUCGAUCCAAUGUUUCAAUUUAAGUCAUAUGUAGAAAUAAGAGACCAACUUAAUAUGACUUUUUAAUUAAUAGUAAAAGUAAUACUGCUUAGGCCUGCAGGUGUGUAACUGUUUUGCUAAUCAAGCAACAGCUAUUAUUCAAUAUAGUUAAAGACAAAAUUGGCAAAAUUACAUCCUGAUGAAUUGGAAAACUAUUCUAAUAAACACCGACAAAAUGGCUUAAACUGUAAUGUCAAAAGUGGGACCUGAAGUGAAGUGACAAGACUGAGACACUGUUACACUUUUAGUGUUAUUCGUAGGACGUAGCAGAGCGCCAGCGCUAUUCAUGGAUUGAGAAAUAUUUCUGUGAUGACUGCAUGUGAAUAUUGGGUGUUGAUAGAUUUUUACGUGGGUACGCUUGGUUGAAGUCUUUUACAAGAUGGUCCCGUUUCAUCACCUAAAUCUGAUGCUGUAAUCAUAAUGUCUUAAAUCGAGAUUCUGUAACGCUGUAAGUAGUUUUACAUUCAUGGUCAGCGAUAGUAUCAACAAUUUUUAAAGGAUUGUACCAAUAAUUGUAUUUUCUCCUCCUUUUGCUGUGUGACUUUUAAAAUACAAUCAACAUGGGGAGAGUAUUGAUUGACAAUGUGAAGAAUUGUGCAAACGGAUACAUUAUUCUGUCAAAAGUUUCUUUUCUCAUACUAGUUUGCAGUUAAAGUGGAUUUGCACAGAAUAUGUUAAACAUUUUGUGUUAGCAAUGAUUCUUAACAGGAUGGAUAUUUGAUCAGAGGAUUAUUAAUGUUGCUGUAUAAGCUGAGAGAGAUUUUGUUUUCUACUUUCUUGGGAGAAGUUUUCCUAAAGAACAAAAGUCUUUCAGCUUUAUAAACAAAGUAUAAAGGUUACCAUUAACAUCAUAUGAAUGGAAUGUUUUACUUAGGUUUUUUUUUAAUUAAUGUCAUAAUCGUAUGUCUUAUAUCCUCGAUGUUCUUUUGCAUAAUAAACUUGAUUAAAUUAAAGCUAUGAACAAUUA